AUAGGAGAAUGGGGCGGGUCUUUGAUUACCCCGCCCCCUCUGGCGGAAUGGGCGUGGUCUUGGCGUCUAAACCAAUGAAAGUUCGGGGCGGGACCUGGCUUAGAGCAGGAAAUGGCCGCGGAGUCCGUGAGUGCUGCGGGGGCGGGGCUUGGCUGGAGCUCUUUCCCGCCCCUGCUCCCCCAACACCCGGGUGGGGAGAGGGUCUCGCCGGCCCAGUUGGUGGUUCAGGCUCCGAGACCCGUGCGGGGCUGGGCCCCAGACUCCUGGGUCAGAGGCGGGAACAGCUCCAGGAUACGGGGCUCCGGUGGCCCCAACCGUCUCUUGGCUGCCCUGGUUGGCUUGUUUUCCAACGCAAGUAGACGGGGCCAGACCCCUUCCCCGAGCACUAGCCGCCCGGCCCAUCUUGGUCCCCAUGCACUCCUCUCCCCAGCUCUCCGCCCGCAGCCAUGCCGCCCCUGCUGACCGCGCUGGCCCCGCGCCUGUGCCGGCUGUGGCCCCGCUGUCCCCACUCCCGGCACCUUGGAGCGGCCGCCGGGCAGCGGUCUGGUCCCAGGAACUACUAUGAACUGUUGGGAGUGCAACCUGGAGCCAGCCCUGAAGAAAUUAAACGUGCGUUCUUCACCAAGUCCAAAGAGCUGCACCCCGACCGGGACCCCAGGAACCCAGCGCUGCACAGCCGCUUUGUGGAGCUGAAUGAGGCCUACCACGUGCUCAGCCACAAGCAGAGCCGCUGCAGCUACGACCACCAGCUCCGCUCAGCCAGGCCCCCAGAGUCUCCGGGAACUGCACCUCACCCCGGCCCCACAACUGCCCACCAAGCAUACAGCUCCUGGGAACCUCCCAACACACAGUACUGGGCCCAAUUCCACCAUGUAAGGACAAAGUGGCCUGAGGGGAGCAGGCAGCAACAAAGACACAACCAGCGAGUGCUGGGCUACUGCCUCUUGUUGAUGCUGGCAGGCAUGGGCCUGCACUACGUGGCUUUCAGGAAGCUGGAGCAGAUGCACCGGAACUUCAUGGAUGAAAAGGACCGGAUCAUCACUGCCAUCUACAACGACACCAGGGCCCGGGCCAGAGCCAACAGCACCAGGCUCCAGCAGGGACGACUGCAGACCACCACGAGGACGACCUCACCGCCGCCAGAGCCCCGCGAGGACCCUGCCAUCUUGCCCACCCGUGCGGACCCCUGAAGAGCCUCCCAGGGACAAGGUCCAGGCCUACGGCAUGCCCUCUCCUCGCCUCCCUCCCAUUGCGCCCCACCCGCAGAACGCACACAAUAAAGCCCUUUUCUGCCCUCCG